AUAAUUCAUCGUAUACUAAUGUUGUUCUAUUUCAUGCGCACUGGCGCUGACACAAAAAAAAAAAAAAAAAAAAAAAAAAAACAAGCUACAUUUUAAACUUGAAGGUUGAUAAGAAAAUGGCGACGGCGAUAUACCUCGAACACUAUCUUGACAGCAUUGAAAAUUUGCCAUGUGAACUACAGAGGAACUUUACCCUGAUGCGGGAGCUGGACAACAGGACAGAAGAAAAGAAGGGAGAGAUCGAUAAGCUUGCCGAAGAGUACAUCACAAAUGUACGAAACCUUGCAUCUGAGCAGAGAGUCGAACAUCUGCAGAAGAUUCAGAGCGCCUACAGCAAAUGUAAAGAAUACAGUGAUGAUAAAGUGCAGCUUGCCAUGCAGACAUAUGAAAUGGUUGACAAGCACAUCCGAAGGCUGGACGCAGACUUGGCCCGCUUUGAGAAUGAGCUAAAAGAGAAGUUGGAUGUCAGCGGUUAUGAGAGUCCUGAGAGUAGAGCACUAAAAAAAGGAGGUGGCAGAGGACUUAAGGAUAAGCGAGGAUCCAAAGGCAGAGGAAGAAAAUGUUCUGAUGAUGACUCACCACGAAAGAAAAAUAUUAAAAACAGUCCUGAUUUUCAGGAGUCCCUCUUGCCAGUUCACCCAUCAGAUGUCCUAGACAUGCCAGUGGACCCCAACGAGCCCACAUACUGUUUGUGUCAUCAAGUAUCAUAUGGAGAAAUGAUUGGAUGUGACAACCCUGAUUGUCCAAUCGAAUGGUUUCACUUUGCAUGUGUGGAUCUCACAACAAAGCCCAAAGGAAAAUGGUUUUGUCCACGGUGUACCCAGGAUCGGAAGAAAAAAUAAGAUUUCUAUCUCUAUGACUUUUAUACAUAAAUGUAUGCAUAUAUAUGUAUUUUGUCUAUGUGGUAAAAUAGGAUAUUAUGUACAGUAUAUAUAUAAAUAUAUAUCUAAUCACUUUCUAUAUGACUAUGAUAAAGGAAAAGAGGGUCACAAAACCUUUAUUUUUUAAUGUACUUGAAAUGUCAUUUUGUUAAUUCAAAAAAGUAAUAUUGUACUGCAAUUAAUCUGGUAUCUAUUUUAUUUUUAUUUUCUAUGGAAAGUGAAAGCUUAAAUGUGUAUAUGUACACACUUCUACUGAGUAAGCAACAUAGGAUUUCUUCCUAUAUGAAAUCAAAGCACCAAAUCUUUGCUCUUCAUUUUGUUGAAAGGUUGUUAAUGCACAAUAAUUCAAAAUUAUUUUAUUUUAAAUGUUAAAUGUCAAAGACGCUGUGUGCAGCUGUCCUGCUGGAUGUUGUAACUAGAGGAAAAAGGUGAUUUUACUUGCUCUCAAAUUUUGAUGUGACUACUUCUGUAACUUCAUCCAGAUGAACACCAGCUCAUCUGUGUUAUGUGUGUUCUAUCGAUUGCUGCUUUGGACAGAAUCUGACAUCUCCACCAGGAAAUGUCUUUAGGAAUCCUCUGGCUGUGCAUGUGUCCUAAAUGAAACAACUCACUCCUCAAUGAAAUAGAGGACCAAAAAAAAUCCAAAAAGAUUUUUCAGUUUAAACGCAAAUCAUCUUUGAUGGGUUAAUUGUGAUGUUUGUAUGUUGAUCAUAAAUGAAUUCACUUAAUUAGUACCCUAUGAGAUGCUUUAUUAUUUUGUAAAUGAGUUUAAAGUAAACUAAGCAAAGUGUUUGAUUGCUUCCCUACAGUUCACAUGCUGGUAAAGUGUAAAAAUGUUCUGCAGCAUGAAUUUUAUCUUCUAUAACUGAACUAAAUCUCUAAUUGGAAAAUGAGGUUUAAGGUUAAAUUUAUUAGUUGUUACAUAUGUCUCUUUUGUGUAGGGUUUGAGGCAGUUAUUUGCAUCUUCAUAAAAUCUGGAUUUAUUAAAUGUAUGUGCUGCUGUU